UUGGAGAACAUUUCCAGGGCAGCUGACCGCCGGAGCUUCCUGCCAGUCCGCCUCCAGAGACCGCUCGUGGCUGGCCUCUCCGGGGACAAAUAUGUGAGCGUGUGUUUGCUGCUGUGACACCUACCUUGUCGCGGGUCCUGGAGCUUCGCACGUCGGGGGAGGAGGCGUUUGUUCGAGCACCAGCAGCGGCUCCGACCGGAGGUUGUUGGACGGGACAGCCGAGCAUCGACUGAGGUUCAUUGCUCCCCGCUCGUGAUGCUGCCCUGCCUGCGGCGAGUGCUCCGACCCGCUUUCGCUCUGCGAGCCGGCUCCGGGAUGGUGAGAGCGGGGCUCGGCGGCCACCCCCAGCCCCUCGCCGUGGCCUCCCCGGGUCGGUUCACCGCAGAGCUGCCCGCUUCCGUGCUGAUGCCGCGGUGCAACCUCGGCACCCACCCGCUCAAGGAGCCGGUGGAGCCGCUCAACUCGCCGCGGGGAGCCAAAGAGUUUAUUUACAGCCUCCAUCCCUCUGAGCGAACAUGUCUGCUCCGGGAACUGCACAGGUUCGAGUCCAUCGCUAUUGCUCAAGGGCAGCUGGAUAUUGCGCCACCUACGGCCGCGCAGUUAAGAUAUGUCCUGCUGCACAACGCGCUCCCUUUUGUUGGGUUUGGAUUCCUGGACAACUGCAUCAUGAUCGUUGCUGGCACACAAAUCGAGUUAUCCAUCGGAGUCAUCCUGGGCAUUUCAACCAUGGCCGCUGCUGCGCUUGGCAACCUGGUGUCUGAUCUGGCAGGACUCGGGCUGGCGGGCUACGUGGAGGCUCUGGCGUCUCGCCUGGGGAUGCAGAUCCCCGACCUGAGUCCCAAACAGGCCGACAUGUGGCAGACCCGAGUCAGCUCUCACUCGGGCAAAGCCAUCGGCGUGGGGAUCGGCUGCAUCCUCGGCAUGUUCCCCCUGUUGUUCUUCAAGGACGACGAUGAGAAGAACGACGGGAAGACGGAGGAGAAAACGGAUCCUGCCUCCACGCCGCCAACAGAGAGCGGUAAAAACUGACACCAUCACUCUUCCGCCUCGCGGACUGAUGAGCCUGCUGGAUGGUUUGGUGAUAUCUCUGGACCUGCAUCCACCGUGGAGGCUCGGUCUCUCCAGGAGAGGAGGCCACUCUUUCUUCUAUGAUUGUGACCUGAAGCGCAGAGAGGUGCUGCCUCUCAAGAUGAACCUGAUCCGCCGGACUGCUGCUCCUCCCACAGCAACCUCACCUUCCCUCGAUUCCAGUCGAGGGGCCGAGAGGCAGUAGAGCCUUUGUUCGCAUGAUGCACCUCAAGUCUUUAAAACAAGCACGUCAUAAAAAAAAAAAAAAAAAAAAAAGAAGUCCUGCCAGGCUGCCUGCUGCUGUCGCCAUGGCAACCAGACCGCUCUGGAACACUCCUGGUCUGUUGUGACUCGGGCGUCUCGUCAUUAUGGAACAAGUGUGAGUGGAAGUUGAAUCCAAGUUGAGUAAAAAACACAGCACAUUUUUGUAUCACCCCUCAACCUGCUCAGCCUUUUGUGGUCAGCAGUGACCGGCGCUGGCACCUCCGGUCUGGCAGUGGGUGUACAGAAGCUAAGAAACCUCAUGUUUAUCUCGAUUCCAGGAGGAGUGUUUUUCAUUCCUGACCCCCCCCCACUGAUCGGAGGCUCUGGUGAACUGAAGGAUGGGAGCCAACAGUCUCACUUCCUGUUUCCUCCUCUCACUACAGCCGAGCUUUAAAGCCUAUUUAUUUGAGCCGUCAGUCGUGUAUCCAUGUGGCUAGUUAAAGUAUAUUUGCUGCUCAUGUUAGUUUUUAAACUUAAUUAUUGAUCGCACUCCUGAGCGAGGACGGGUGUACAGAACAGGUGUGUGUGUGUGUGUGUGUAGUUUUGGGAGGCGAUGCUUGACUUCGCGUGCAUGCUGCUAAUAAAGACCCUUAUGGCACAUGUGUGUCGGGACAUCUUUUAGUCUGCAGCGUCAGCAUGGUCAGUCACCAUCUCGCCUUCAUAGCUGGGAAUACAGUGACAUCUAGUGGUGUCUUUCCAAAUUGCAGAUUUACAUCAAGACUUGAAUUAACUUUUUGUUCACUGACAAAUGUUUUCUCAAAUUGUACGCCUUUUACUAGUAUUCUAGUUAAAAUAUAUUCUCAAUUUUGAACAAUACCUUGCUUUCAAAAAGUGUUUUGGUUUUGUUUUCCCACAUAUACCUGUAUAUUGACCACCAUUUUAGUCUUACAUAUCAUAUCCAAAGGGUCUCAUAUAUGGUCCUGAUAAAGUAGAAAAUUAUGUUGUAUUUCUUCUUAUCUUCUAAAAACAUUUAUUUGUCUCCCCCUAUAGCUAUUGAUAGUCACAUGAUAUAUCGUGAUCUAUUGUUAAAUAAGGUGUUGUCAAGGUUCACCAGUUGAAACCACCGUCCUUCAGUUAUGGUUCAUGGAGAAUCUUCAAAUAAACUAAUGCGUCGGCAACUAACGUGCCGCAGUCACGUGUUCUCCCCAUUCACCACGCUCUGUGUAUUAUAAUACUGGAGCCAUGUCCUUCCUUCUGCCUGCGGCUUGAGGGCCCCUCACAGCACUCGCGGUAGAUUGUGGCCCAUUGUGCAGGGGCCGUUAGAAAUCGCUGGCUUUUCUGUGUGGUUUUUUUUCAUUGACUUGUGUUGAUCUGGUUUAAAUAUUAGAUUCAAGUUUUUAUGGUGUUAACACCGAGCAAUUAAACAUGAGUGUCAAAGUGCGAUCAGAAACGCCGUAUUUUGGAUCGUAAUCUCCCGGAGCGUGGCUAGACUACCUGACUCAACUGACAGACAAGAUGCAGAGACGCGAUGCUUUAUUUCUGUUGGGUGGCAGUACUCCAGCUGGUUCAUGUCAGAGAGCCCUUCAGUAAUACACACUCGUGUUUACACAUUGUAUCAACAAACAUUCCAAAGGCGUCACAUAGCUGCUCAAUCGAAUAUGUUUAAAUACGAAUAAAACAGUGAGUUGAAUGUUUUUAAAAAAGGAUUAAUAAAUAUGAUUGAACCGCUUCGCUUCACCGCAGAACACGACCAGUGAACGUGAUGAAAAUAAAUAGUCUGAAGUGUUGUUUGCACCAGUGACUGCAGCUUGGCUACACGUCUGAGUGGAAGAGCUGAGGCACUUGCAGUCGGCCCUCAGCAGGGGACCUCGGCGAGCACAACGCCAGACUGAGUUUCACAUUUCCAACAUGAAAUUCACCCUUCCAUAGGUCCAGCGUCGACAGUCACAGGAGGAAGGUGGAACUAGAGGUCACCUCAGACGAUCAGGAGUGACACAUGAACGCAGUCUCACUCCGCCGUGUGUUGUUGUUGUCAUGUCCUCACAGCACUGAGUGCUCACCCCCCGCCUCCUGCAGCCCAUACUGUCUCCACACUCGAGCGUCCAGCGAUGGCGUCGCAGUGAAGCUCAUCAACGGUUCCGCUGUGGUCGACUUCAGAGCCGAGUGAAAAGCAAAUCCCUGUGUCUUCAGUGGUGGUUAUUGUUGGCGUGAGCCGGCUGCCGCUUGGUGGUGCCACUGGGUUUGAGAGGCAAAGCGAUGGCAGCCAGAAGGCUGAGGAUGUGCACGUGGAAGUACAUGGACCUGGAACAUAGAUCAGAGGAACAGAACGCGUUACAGCGUGACGACAAUUGAGUGAAGUGGUGUGUCAAAAUGGAGGCCCGUGGGCCGAGCCCUGACCGCCACAUCAGCUCAGACAUCCCACAAAUCAUCUGGCUUAUCAGACACGUUAGCUGUCAGGACAAGAGUGACACGGUUCCGUCAGGAUUGAAAGGCGCCACAGAAGUGGCCCAGCAGGAGAGGCUGAGUGUUGAGCUGCUGCUCCUCCAGAUCAUCUUGUCAGGAAGUCUCCUGGACGAGCGACGACGGCUGACCCAGGAUUUCGGUGGAGUAGGAGAAACCUUGUUUUCCACAGAAGAGCAGGAGCAGGCGCCUGUGAAGAGGCAAGUCUGGGCCUCUGAACUCAGUCUGCUGCCCCCGCAACUGGGCUAGUCCAUCCAUCCUUCAGCUUUGACUUUUGGCUCAGCUCUCUCUCUCUCUCACAGACAUUAGAGCGGUAGAGCGACUGCAAUACUGUCCCUGCUGCACUGAUUUGCCGACCUACCUCCAACUCCCUUACCUUGCCACUCGAGAACAAGACCCCACUCAAUGAACUAGUCAGCUUCUGAAUUGAAGCAGUUCCACACCCCCAUGACACGACAUGCUUGAGAUGUCAGCUACCAUCCUGCUCCCGACUCAAGGCUCCCCCAGUACAGACCGCCGCCGCGUGGUAGAACCUCCCCACAGGCCGCUGACAUGCAGAGCGGUACCUGUAGUAGACCAGAGUGGGCUCCACGGCCAGCAGCAGGAACGGCAUGACGGUGUAGCAGAUGGCCAGCUGCGUCGCCGCCCAGGUGAACACGUCGUACAUCAGUUUCACUGCAGCGGAGCUCAGGAAGUGACGCCGCACCGACUUACGCACCUGGCGGAGGACAAGCAGUCACUGUUCCCACUUCUGGCACGAAGAUGGUAAGUGUGUGUGUGUACCUUCUGUUUCUAUACAUGUGAGGACUGGCAAAAGAUAGGAAUACAAAUGUGUGUUUGUGUGUAGCUGUACAUAUCAUUCUAAAUUUGCAAAUGAAAUGCUUUCCUCUCUCUCUAAGUCCAAGUGUGUCGGUACAAGAACUCACGGCGCGAGCUGCCAUGGUGAUGGGGAUGGCCGUGAUGAAGGUGAAGUAAUACCCGGGAUAAACGCCGUGCCAAAGGGCGGAGAGGACGAAGGUCAGGGCCAGCCGGUGCCUCGGGGCUCGUUCGUAACAAACCCUGAGGGAAGAGAUCGGUGAAGAGCUUCUCCGCAGGACCACUUCACCUCCAACUUCGUAAAGGGAGCGCCACUUGCGUUUUCAGCCAGAUUCCUGUCCGGAUGUUCCAGUUGUCGAUGAAGGUUUUGAAGCUGGUUGCCGUCUGGAAGGGGAAGACGUUGAGUCUCUCACUGAGCCGUGAUGUUCAAGGUGCUGACCUCAAUUCCCAUGAUGUUCAGGUUACUGGCGAGGUCCCAGGACGGCUGUCCGGCCGAGUCCAGGCCCAGGAAGCCGUAGCCCGCGGCGUUGUUGAUGGCGUCGGCUGGCAGGGAGACGGAAGCUCAUUGGAAAACAGGCCCAGAAUAGAAACAACUAUCAACCAGCGAAGCGUUUUUGGUGAAGUGUCGGCAGGUGUGCGAUUACUGCUGUGUUUGUGCGAAACUUUUUGACCCUUUGUAGAAUCAAUGCUUACGAUGACUCGAUGGUUCUGUGACGCUGUUAUUGAGGAAGCGGUCCUGUGGACCCUGAAGGCAUCUUUCCAGCCUGCUUUGACUUGGUCUCAGACCGGUGAGUGACGGCUGAAUGCUUAGCGUCCCCCUAUGGCGAGCUCUAUAUCACGACAAGGGAACUCAUUCUGUACUGAGGCGAAAAUAUUACGGCUCGUCCCGGGCAUGUGACCAUCGUGUGACCGAUCUGCACACACUCACCCAGAGUCCAGGCAAAGUAGAACUUGGGUCUGGCAGCUUGAAUGGAGAAGAAGGCGUAGGUCAGCCUGGUGAGGAAGGGGGCGCUGUUGACGAAGUCCGGGUCGGCGUUGUGUUUGAUGGGCAGCUGGCGGGUGACGGUGAGGAAGAAGAGCAUGCAGCCGGCGCACACCAGCAGCUUCCGACUCACCGCGCUCUGGAGGGACACGGAGGCGGGUCAGUCGUGAGGAGACGCAUCUGGAGGCAGGGCCGAGGUCAGCACGUGUUACCAGAGGGGAGGGUUCUGGGACGCUGUCAGAAGCGCUGUGCCCGUUACAGCCGCUCCUCUUCAGCCUGCUGCUGACGUGCCGGCCCUCCAUGAAGUCCACGUAGUCCUUGUAGUGGGUGCAGGGGCCCACCAGCACGCUGAGGAAGUUCAGGUUGUAGCUCAGGUACUCCAUCAGAGAUGGCCUGGCACUGCAAGUGGGUCAGCAGCAGAGAGGUGAAACACAGGCGUCGCACCUGGACCUGAGCAGAGUUGGUUUCACGAGCCCAAAAUAUGCGUACUGUGCACCAGCCAAUGCUGAGCUCUGAUCAGAGGAGACACUGACUGAGGACUGCAGGGGGCCCCCAAGCCAGAACUAGAACUCUCAACAUCCAAAGCAAAUGCAGCUCUCCAAGCAGAUGGGCGUCACACAUACAGAGGCUGUGACUGGCUGUCGGGAUGGCAACGCUAAAACCGCAGUACCUCAUCUGACCACACGCUUGACAUGCCAAACAUUCAGUUGAGAAACACCGUUAAUAUCAGGCAGUGACAUCAUCCACAGACACACUGGACCUUGGUAAGAGCAAGCUCUUGGUCCUCCUCCAGCUGAGGGGAGAGAGAGUGCACCCCCUCGCUGCUUCCUCUCAUUUGCCUCUGCCAGUUACCUCCUUUACAAAGUUCUGCAUUAAAGCCAACACAACAUACCGGAUGGCGAGCACCUUUUGCUCAGGGGUCAGGUCUUCUGCCCUCUUACACAAACCUGAAAGACAGGAUUAUUGAUCAGUCAUGUUGUCGACCUCAUCAUCUGGCACUGAGGGUGCAGCAGGCUCACCACUUCUCUUCUUCUUGCCGGCAAUAUUAAACAUGAUUUAGUCCAUAAAGAUGAAUUACGUUUUUUUUAACAGCAUAAUGAUAAUUACUGUUCCUAACUCAUCUUUGAGGUGAGUUAUAAAACAAUUCAACUUCUGGUUUCACACAUGGUUAAACUGCUUUAUUAUUCUGUUUGCUGGCCAAUAGAAUUGAUAUUUCUACUGAGGGAAAACAUCAUGAAAAUCUUCUAUCUUUUUGACAAAACGUUUUCAGAAAUGUAACCUAAAUGAUUUAACAACCUUCUGUUCAAGAGUUUUGUCAAUGCCACGGCUUGGUUCAACUUUCUAUUUCCUCUUUAUUGCUCAACUGUUUUUCCCAGUUUAGCCUCCACGUGGGGGACUCUACUUUGGUCGGAGCCCCUCUCGUGUCGCACCCGUGUCGUGUGUGUGUUCCGUCUCACCGUCGUGCAGCUGGAAGGCCAGGGAGGUGAUCUUCUGGCUCACGAUCAUCAGCGGCCUGUGGACGUGGCGUCACUGUCAACACUCAGUGUUAUCACAGAGCACGUUUCUCUCAUUCAGUGGGGCGACGCGACAGAGCUCGCUCGUGCCUCCAGAUGUUUGCUGUGACAUGCUCCAAAUACCUGAGUCUGAGUCACACCAUCGAUGGCUCCAUUCUGAGGAGCUUUGUUUCGAGGUGACCCGCGCCAUGUAAAUCUAUGACCUGCUCUGAUCGGGUGACCAGCUGGGACGGGGUCACGUGACCCGGGACGUUCGAGCAUGAGGGCAGAGCUGCUGCUCUCUGGAGACACGAUGAAGGCUCAGGUUCAUUUGCAAACCUGGAGGGGACCUCUGAGUGCCAGUCACCUCACUGGCCCCCCAUCAGUCCUGGCGUCUCAUGAGGGCUGCUUCAGCCUGCAAGCGCUGGAGUUGUGGGAAACAUUAAUUCCUGCACUUCCACUCCCUAAUCUGAGACAAAUAUUGACACAGGGACGUGGUGUCGAGCUGAUAAGCAGAGGCCGCCCACACCUGAUGGAUGCGGCGUGCAGAACGUUAGCGAUGGUCUCACCCGGAGAAGUCCGUGGACAGAAUCCCAUAGCUGAAGAUGAAAACUCGGCUGACUUGGCACGCGGUCAGGUAGCCCAUUGUCGUCACCAUGGAGAUCCUGGGGGCCGGAUGAAGAAGCUUGUUAAACACCAGUGAAACCAUGGGAUCAGAUCAUCCUGACCUGACUCGGGAGGAAACAUGACUGGUUAGCAUGUAAGGCUAACACCAGUGCACAUUUUCCUGAAGCCGCUAAUC